UGCAACUUUUCAGUGCCUGUGAAAGACUACAACAACAUAGAUGAAGUAUCUUUGGACAUCAGUGAGCGAUGUGCGUGAAAUAUGGCUAAUUUGAAUAGAGUGGGAACCGCAUUAUUUCGAAUUGCGAACAGUUUUUUUGACAGCUAUAAAUGUGGGCCAAAACGAAAUAAAUACCAAAAUUGCUGGAUGAUAAGAGAUGUAAAAAGAAGGCAGUGUGUAAAGGAACAUGCAGUUGAAAGGCUUAGGAUAAACUCCUUGCGAAAGAAUGAUAUACUUCCAGUUGAAAUUAGGGAAAUUGCAGACAAAGAAAUUGCAGCAUUUCCACGAGACUCUAGUAAAGUUCGGUUGGUGAAUCGGUGUGCUGUUACUUCCCGGCCACGUGGUGUCGUACAGAGAUGGCGCUUAAGCAGAAUUGUCUGGCGACAUCUUGCAGACUAUAAUAAGUUAUCUGGAGUACAGAGAGCUAUGUGGUGAAGCUUGUCAGUAAUUUUUGUAUGUAGUGUACUGUUGUUAGUGUGAUUAAUUAUGAUAAAAGUUCAAUAAAUGAGAAUGUGUUUUCCCA